AUGGCCGAGUCGCCCGAUCAGCCGCCGCCGCCGCCGUCACCCGCACCCGCUGAGACCGCUGCCGCCCCACGGGCUCACGCAGCGUUCCGACUGCCUCCAUUCUCGGCCGAGGACCCCGCCCUGUGGCUGGCCCAGGUGGAGUGUGCCUGCCGGGUGGCCGGUAUCGCCGACAGCAGCGUCAAAUUCGACCUGCUAGUCGCCAACCUGCCGACUGACGUCGCUCGGCAGGUCCGUGACGUCAUCACCGCCACCCCGGCGGACUACACGGCGCUGACGAGCGCCCUGCAGGCCCGGCUGGCGCAGUCCCGGGCCGCACGCCUGUCCGCCCUGCUGCGCAACACCCAGCUCGGGGACCAGAAACCGACGCAGCUGCUCCUGCGCAUGCGUUCGGAGCUGGGAGAGGAGGCGCAGGACAGCGCGCUACUUAGAACGCUGUUUCUGCAGCGCCUGCCGCGGGCGGCCACGGCUGCCCUGUCGCUCCUCCCGGAGGACACCACGCUGAGCCAGCUGGCCGCCGCGGCCGACCGAUACGUGGAGGCGACCGGCCCUCACGAGCUCGCGGCCGUGCAGCUCGCCGACCCGACGGCCUGCGCUACUGCUGGCGAUGUGCCAACUCUGCACAGCACGGUGGCAGCGCUGACGGCUGCGGUUCAGCGACUGGAGAUGGCGCUCGGCGACCGCUCCCGCGCCGCCUCCCGGGACCGUGACGGAGGCGCAGUCUCUGACCGGUACCGCCGCCGGUCCCGCUCUCGCGGUCGACGGCAGCAGCCGCAGCAGCUGCAACAGCCACAGCAACAGCAACAGAAGCAGCUGUGCUUCUUCCACCGCCGCUUCGGUGCAGCGGCCAGGAAAUGCGCCGAGCCGUGCUCCUGGUCGCCGUUAAACGAGACGGCCUAG